AUGUAUUACGACGAAUGGUUAAGAAUAGGAGAAAAGCUAGGGUUAUCCGGCAGCGAUUUAUUAUUGUUUCUUCAAGAGAAGGAAGAAGAAUGCCUAGCCAGAGAGGAAAGGGCCCGAAGGCGUGAAGAAGAAAGAAGACAGAUGGAAAUAAACUUUGAGCUCCAGAUGAAGGAAAAAGAUCUCGAGAUUGAGCGGAUCAAAUCCUGCAAAGUAACCACCAGUGAGGGAAGCAAGUCCCUCAGACCAAGAAUACCUAAGUUCGAUGAAGCAAAUGAUAAUAUAGAUUCAUUUCUUGAGAGAUUUGAAAGAUUUGCAAUCAGGCAAGACUGGGAGAGAGACACUUGGGCCAUGAGCUUAAGCUCAUUACUUUCAGGGCAAGGUCUGGAAGUAUUUACAAGUUUGCCGAUUGAAGAAGCCAACAAGUAUGACACCUUGAAGAGGGCUAUCUUAAAACGAUACCAGUUGACUGAAGAGGGUUUCAGGGUGAAGUUCAGGCAGAGCAGACCACUACCUGGUGAGUCUGUCUUUCAGUUCAUUGAGAGGUUGAGACGAUAUUUCACAAGGUGGACAGAUAUGGCUGGAGUAGAGCAGACCUUUCAUGGAAUAAGCGAGCUCUUAAUCAAGGAACAGUUCAUCGAGGGGUGUUCCACAGAUUUGGCCGUCUUCCUGAAAGAAAGAGUGCCGACAUCAAUAGAAGAGUUAACACGCCUUGCAGAGCAGUACAUAGAAGCGCAUAAAGGGGCGUCUUCUGUUUUUGGCAGAGGUACUCCAGUUCCAAAACAAGGGCAGAUGGGCAAGAGAUCCAUUCCAGAGACAUCAAGCAGAGUGACAGAGAAUAGAAAUUCGCCAGUGAAGACAUGCUUUAUUUGUAAUAAGGCGGGCCAUUUAGCCAGAGACUGCCGACAGAAUAACAGAAGCCAAGCACCAAAGGUGUGCUUUAUUUGCAACAAGACGGGGCAUAUUGCAAAAGAUUGUAGGCAGACAAAAUCAGAAGGUGUAAGAAGUGACCGCAAAGUAGCAGCCGUAUGUGCCAAAGCAGACCUUAAUCCACUAGAGAAGAACACUGAAGAUGGAAAAUUGAAGUUAGCCAGUGGAGAGACCGUGCCGAUCCUCGCGGGAGCUUGUACCAUUGAUUUAUUGGAAGAAGAAAGAAACCUGGAGUUGAAGGAGGGCUUUGUUGGAGCAGAUGCAGUUAGAGUGCUGAGAGAUACUGGAUGUGAGUUAGCGUCGGUAAAGAAGAAGUUUGUGAAAGAAGAACAACUCACGGGUAAAGAAAUUGUUAUGAUAACAAUUGAUGGAGAUGCCAAAGUAGUACCUUUGGCGAAAAUAUGGGUAGAUACGCCAUACUAUGUUGGGGAGUUAGAGGCAAUGGUGCUUAAGUCAUUAAUAUGCGAUUUAGUGAUUGGUAACGUUGCCGGAGUACUUGAUAAGCCUGAUCCUGAAUGGAAGGAGACAGAAGAACCAUCGGCUGUUGCAGCAGUCAUGACAAGAGCACAGCAUCAGAGAGCAGACCGUCCAACUAGAGCGUUGACUGUUCCAAAACCUUCCUGCGAAGCUGAAGUUGACAUAGAGAAAUUGAAGGAAUCCCAGAAAGGUGACUCUUCAUUAAAGAAAGUUUGGGACUUAGCAGAGAAGGCAGAAGAGCUGCAAACCAAAGGUGGGGCCAAGUUUAAAUACGUGGUGGAAAACGGUGUGCUUUUUAGAGCCUACUUUCAGAAAAAUGGUGAUGACUCCAAGCAGAUUGUUGUUCCGACAGACUUUAGGAAGAGAGUGAUGGAACUUGCCCAUGAAUCCAUUGUUGGUGGACAUUUGUCAUCUAAGAAGACAGAGGACAGAAUCCUGACAAGCUUCCAUUGGCCAGGAAUAACGGGAGAUGUGGGACGUUUUUGCAGAUCGUGUGACGUGUGCCAGAAGACCAUCCCAAAAGGGCGAGUGAAGAAAGUCCCCCUAGGAGACAUGCCGGUGAUUGAGGAACCAUUUCAUCGAGUAGCAAUAGACUUGAUAGGACCGAUUAUACCAGUGUCGGAAAAAGGGCAACAGAUAUAUCUUGACGGUGGUGGAUUUUGCCACACGUUACCCUGA